GCCGCGGCCACGGCCAUGGCGCAGGAGAACGCCGCCUUCUCUCCGGGGCCUGAGGAGCAGCCGCGGCGCCGCGGCCGCCAGCGCUACGUGGAGAAGGACGGCCGCUGCAACGUGCAGCAGGGCAACGUGCGCGAGACGUACCGCUACCUGACCGACCUGUUCACCACGCUCGUGGACCUGCAGUGGCGCCUGAGCCUGCUCUUCUUCGUGCUGGCCUACGCGCUCACCUGGCUCUUCUUCGGCGCCAUCUGGUGGCUGAUCGCCUACGGCCGCGGCGACCUGGAGCACCUGGAGGACACGGCGUGGACGCCGUGCGUCAACAACCUCAACGGCUUCGUGGCCGCCUUCCUCUUCUCCAUCGAGACGGAGACCACCAUCGGCUACGGGCACCGCGUCAUCACCGACCAGUGCCCCGAGGGCAUCGUGCUGCUGCUGCUGCAGGCCAUCCUGGGCUCCAUGGUGAACGCCUUCAUGGUGGGCUGCAUGUUCGUCAAGAUCUCGCAGCCCAACAAGCGCGCCGCCACGCUCGUCUUCUCCUCGCACGCCGUGGUGUCGCUGCGCGACGGGCGCCUCUGCCUCAUGUUCCGCGUGGGUGACCUGCGCUCGUCGCACAUAGUCGAGGCUUCCAUCCGCGCCAAGCUCAUACGCUCGCGCCAGACGCUCGAGGGCGAGUUCAUCCCGCUGCACCAGACCGACCUCAGCGUGGGCUUUGACACGGGCGACGACCGCCUCUUCCUCGUCUCACCGCUCGUCAUCAGCCACGAGAUCGACGCCGCCAGCCCCUUCUGGGAGGCGUCGCGCCGCGCCCUCGAGAGGGACGACUUCGAGAUCGUCGUCAUCCUCGAGGGCAUGGUGGAAGCCACGGGAAUGACAUGCCAAGCUCGGAGCUCCUACCUGGUGGAUGAGGUGCUGUGGGGUCACCGCUUCACGUCAGUGCUGACCCUGGAGGAUGGCUUCUACGAGGUGGACUAUGCCAGCUUCCACGAGACCUUUGAGGUGCCCACACCCUCAUGCAGCGCCCGGGAGCUGGCCGAGGCCGCAGCCCGCCUUGACGCCCAUCUCUACUGGUCCAUCCCCAGCCGGCUGGAUGAGAAGGUGGAGGAGGAGGGGCUGGGGGAGGGGGCGGGCGAAGAGGCUGGGGCUGACAAAGAGCAGAACGGCUGCCUGCCGCCCCCGGAGAGUGAGUCCAAGGUGUGA